GGCAGCGCGUUCCCGACAUGCCCUGCGGCGGCCGCCAACCGCCGGAUUUGAAUCGAGUCGGCGCUCUGUGGCUGCGGCGGCGGGAUGGGCGCUUCGUCGUUGCCCCCCGCCUGGCAGUUCUACCUCAAGGACCACCGCGUCUCUACGUUCAAGAACUGGCCGUUCUUGGAGGGCUGCGCUUGCACCCCGGAACGGAUGGCAGAGGCCGGCUUCAUCCACUGUCCCACUGAGAACGAGCCCGACUUGGCCCAGUGUUUCUUCUGCUUCAAGGAGCUGGAAGGCUGGGAGCCAGAUGAUGACCCUAUAGAGGAGCAUAAAAAGCAUUCAUCUGGUUGUGCUUUUCUUUCUGUCAAGAAGCAGUUUGAAGAGUUAACCCUCAGUGAAUUUUUGAAACUGGACAAAGAAAGAGCCAAGAACAAAAUCGCAAAGGAAACCAACAGUAAGCAGAAAGAAUUUGAAGAGACCGCAAAGAGAGUGCGCGGUGCCAUCGAGCAGCUGGCCGCCGUGGAGUAACGCCUCUGCCGCGCGCACUGCUCCCGAGUGGGGCGCCCCCGGCGGGACCCUUCAUGGCGCCGUAGGGAAGGAGAGCAUCCACAAUUUAAGUUAGAAUAUUUAAGCUGUACUUUUGUUUUUUUCUUUAAAGUGGUGCCAGGGGCUGCUUCUUGUGCAGCUGGUGCUGCUGAGUCCGGUAACCAGUUCGCUCGUUUUUCUUUGGUAGUUUUUGUGCUCUUUGUUCCUGGACUUGCCAGGGUGAGAAGUGUGUUCUCACGGGCAGAGCCCUUCCACAGUGACGCAUCGGGGCUUCAGGUUGACGCCAGGCUGUGGAGCCUGAGAUUUGAUGCCUGAACGUAAUCAUAGGUCUGUUAUGACUGGACAAAUAGAGAAUUAAGGAUGCCAUUUUAGAUUUUAUUUUUCUAAUAAUCUGAAUUUAUGGUGUGCAUUUCUUGUGUUCCCGCUACUCUGUAUUAUCUCGCUUGGGUAUCUACAAGUCCUGCGGCCAUCCUUCAACCCCGUCGGUCUGUGGUACCACAGCCUCCCUUCCCUCCAGAGCAGAUCGUACAAAAUGCCAUCCCUGCCACAGCUCUGAGGUGCUGCAGGAAGGGGCUUCCUGGCCUGUCUGCUCGUUUUAGAAUCUUCACAGGGGGAGCUAGCAGAAUCUGACCCCAGGCUGCCUUGGGCCCCCAAGUGUGCCAGAGCCCUUCUGGGACUGAAGCCCCAACAGCAGGGGAUGGGUGGAGGAGGCCUGAUGUCUUGACAGUAAAGCCAGCCUCUUGCUUGGAGGUCAGUGGAAGAUCCGUCACGUCCAACAUGCACCUUGGGCACAUGGCAAGGUUGUGACAUUUCUCUAAAACAGACAACGAAAAGGUCCUUAAUGCCAGACAGUGCCUUUUCCAGAGGCCUGGCUCCCUGCUCUGAAUGAGCUGUGACCCGGACGAAGCAGGCAGGGCCUGGAUGAGAGACCCAUGGAAGGAAUUCCCGGUCUUACCUGAGUUCCCAGGACGUAGCAGACCGUUACUUCCCUGUCAUGACGUGGGUUAGGUGGCUGACGAGGCACCUGCCUUUCUAACGUGAACCCCUCUCAAGGAGGACAGAGGGAUCAAUUAAUCUAAAAAGUGGAUUGGAAACAUCUUUUGGAGGAAACUUUUUAAUAGAUAACUUGUUUAUAUUGUUUGCAGUCUUACAAGAUCAUAGAUUUCCAUGAUGUCAGAGCAGUGGCAAUAAACAUGGCGGCUGGGGCCCUGCGCUUGUCACCUCUCAGCUGCGGUUUCCUCUUCUGUAACACGGGGUCAUAAGACCUGAUCACCUCAGCUGGCUUUCUUCGUAGGUGCAGGUUGGAAACAGAGGUCUUUCUCCGCUUCUUCUCAGGCUCUGCAAUGUCGCUUUCUUAUUGUGUUUAAAUUAUUAUGUCACAGAACAGCACAAACUACAAUUAAAGUGAGCACGAAGCCAUUCUAAGUCAUUGGGGAAAUCCGUGUGAGCCUUCGGUGGAUUUGGAGACAAGGUAGCAGGAAACAGGUAGCAGAAAUGGUCAUUUAUGAAACUGCUGCUGCGUUAGACAGCCGUCCUGAGCCGUCGGCACGUGCUGGUGGCUCCUUCCUUGGCAACAAUGCAGUGGCCUGAAUCCUUUUUAUAAAUUACUUCACUCCGAGCUCCAGGGACUUGGUGCUGUCGCUGCGGGCGAUCUGUCAGCCCCGGUUGGCUGCGUCUCCACUGCUGCUAUGUCCCCCCGCUCAUUUGCAUCCUCCCCAUCCUUGUCCCCUCCCCGAGGCCGGCUCACACAGGGCUGAAGGCUGGUGUUAUGGUGACAGAUUUUAUUUCUCCCUCCACGAAGUGAAGCUGCAGGGUGGAUUGUUAACGGUCCUAUUGGAGGUCAUCUUGUCGUUUCGGAAAAAUAAAAACCAUUUCAUUUCAAA